AUGGGCUGGCGACCGCGGCUCCUCUGCUGCCUCUUCCUGUCCCUGACGCUGGCAGGGCUCGCGCGCGCCGCCACGACGCCGGGGCCGACCAUCCGCGCCACGCAGGGCGACACCGUGGUGGUGAGGGUGAAGAACUCCCUGCUCACCGAGUACGUGGCCAUCCACUGGCACGGCAUCCGGCAGAUCGGCACACCGUGGGCAGACGGCACGGAGGGCGUGACGCAGUGCCCCAUCCUCCCCGGGGACACCUUCACCUAUACCUUCGUCGUCGACCGUCCGGGCACCUACAUGUACCACGCGCACUACGGGAUGCAGCGCUCGGCGGGGCUCAACGGCCUCAUCGUCGUGGCCGCGGCGCCCGGCGGCGGGCCCGACGCCGAGCCCUUCAGGUACGACGGCGAGCACCACGUGCUGCUCAACGACUGGUGGCACAAGAGCACCUACGAGCAGGCCACGGGGCUCGCGUCCGUGCCGUUCGGCUGGGUCGGGGAGCCACAGUCGCUGCUCAUCAGCGGCCGCGGAAGGUUCGUCAACUGCUCGACCAUGGCGGUGGGGGCCUGCAACGCCACGCUCCGGGAGUGCACCACGCUGGUGUUCGCCGUCGUGCCCGGCAAGACCUACAGGUUCCGAAUUGCCAGCAUGACGUCGCUGUCGGCACUCAACUUUGAGAUCGAGUGCUCAAGAGAGUUGCAUAGGCCACAUUAG